AUGUUGACUGCUAAAAUAGGUAAAGUUGGCAAAGUGCUUAUAUGUGGUAUGAAAGGUGUUGGCAAAACGGCAUUGUUGGAGCAACUAAUUUAUGGGAAUGUUAAUAUGGAUACGGAAUUACAUCCCACUAUAGAAGAUAUAUAUGUUGCCAGUGUGGAUACAGGACGCGGUGGAGCACGUGAGACUCUUCGAAUUUACGACAGCGCAGGACUACAGGGAAAGGGACAACUGCCACGCCACUAUCUUUAUUUUCCAGAUGGUUAUGUAUUGGUGUAUGAUCCAACUGAUCCCAGUAGUUUAGAUAUGUUAGCAGAUAUAAAAACCGAUAUCGAUCGUAAUAAGGAGAAAAAAGAUAAUGUAGCAAUAAUCGUUUUGGCUAAUAUGCGUGCACGCAACAGACGUGAUUCACCAGCAUCGCCACCCAUUCAAGUAACGCAGCCCCAAUCACAGCAGCAGCAACCCGAUCCAGUGGAGUCUGUAUUGAAUCGUGCAAAUAGUUGGUGCGCACGUGAACGUAUUAAACAUUACACUGUAAAUGCCAUGGAACGUCCGUCUUUGUAUGAACCAUUUAUAUCAUUGUGCGCCCGUUUGCAUCCGCCACCGACAAAGAGCAGUUUCCCCCAAUUGCGUCAGGUAAUGCAGAAAACACAGAAAAAUGAUAGCUAGGACGGGGAAUCGGAUGGCGGCGGUGAUAAUAUGCUAUGGUGUAUUACAGGCUGUCAGCGUAUCGGCAGUGGUGGUGAUGGGCAGUAAGUUAUUAUGUGAAAUAAUAGUAGUAUCGAAAUGGUAUUAAAACUCUUUAAAAAUUAACAUUGCAUAUUACAGUAAA